AAGAACCAGAGCUUGUAUUAUUAAAUAUUGUAUCUACUUGCUGGCUCUCAUUUUCUAAUAUUAUUCAUAAUUUUCAUCAGAAUUUAGAAUCAAUUAAAGGGGCUUUAUUAGAAGAAGCAAUAACUAAUCAACAAGCUACUUUUUUAUUAGCAGAUAUUGAUCAAGAAUUUGAAAUC